AUGAGGGGUUCUUGGUUUUCCUGGAUAGCGGGAUUAUUCCUAUUUUUUUUCAACGUGUCAUUAGCUGCACAACACGCACCACCCUCAACUUGGGAGAACGUUGAUUAUAAGAGAACCAUAGAUGUAUCCAACGCUUAUAUUUCCGAAACGAUCGAAUUAACCAUCAAGAAUAUAGCGACUGAACCAGCGACUGAAUAUUUCGCUGCCUUUGAAAGUGACAUUUUCAAUAAAAUUUCCUUCUUUUCUGCUUAUUUGAGUGACGAGGCCAUCUUCUUGAAUAGUCAGCUGUUUGCCAAUUCAACUAUAGAGGCCAAAGAUGAAGGUGAAGAUGACAUUAGAUACGGGAUUAUCGAAUUUCCAAAUGCUGUUUUCCCUCAGGAAGAAAUAAGCCUUGUCAUCAAGAGUUUCUACAAUACUGUCGGUGUUCCUUAUCCUGAGCACGUUGGGAUGUCGGAAGAACAACAUCUAUUAUGGAAAACAAACAAAAUGCCACUUUCCGCAUAUGAUACUAAAAAGGCUUCUCUUACGAUUAUUGGAAGCUCUUCAUAUGAAGAAUUCCAUCCUCCAAAUGACAAGAAUUUACUAGGAAAAGCUAGCAGCAGUUCUUUUGAAUUUGGGCCUUGGGAAAGCAUUCCAAGUUUUUCUGCAAAAGAAAGACUGGCAAUUAUCUAUUCUCAUAACGCGCCUUUGAACGAAGUUGUCAACCUGAAAAGAAGUAUCUGGUUUUCCCAUUGGGCUUCCACCGUCCAAUUUGAAGAAUACUACGAAUUAACGAACAAAGCUGCUAAACUAACCAACGGAUUUUCGAGAUUAGAACUCAUGAAGCAAAUUCAAAAUCAAAAUAUGAGACAAACUCAUUUUGUCACUGUCUUAGAUAUGUUGCUACCCGAGGGUGCUACUGAUCAUUAUUUUACAGAUUUGGUUGGGCUUGUUUCUACCUCUCAUGCAGAACGUGAUCAUUUCUUUAUAAGACCAAGGUUUCCAAUAUUUGGAGGUUGGAAUUAUAACUUCACAGUCGGUUGGACUAAUCGAUUGUCUGAUUUCCUACAUACAUCUUCUAGCUCAGGAGACAAAUACGUUGCUUCUAUCCCAAUACUUAAUGGUCCAUUAGAUACUGUAUACGAUAAUGUUGAAUUGUCGAUAUUUCUUCCAGAAGGAGCGAAAAUUCUCGACAUUGACUCUCCAGUUCCUUUUACAAAGGUUUCCGUGGAAGCCCAAAAGUCAUAUUUUGACUUAAAUAAGGGUCACAUCAAAUUAACUUUCCAGUACAGGAAUCUGAUUACUCAAGUUGCCAAUGGCCAAGUUCUAAUUAAGUAUGAUUACUCAAAGAAUUCCUUCUUCAAAAAGCCCUUGUCUAUUGCUUGCUAUAUUUUUACAGCACUGAUGGGGGUUUUUGUCUUAAAAGCUUUGAAUUUGAAUUUAUCAAACUAG